AUGGCGAACCUCUACUUCACCCACUCGAGCGCGCCGCUCAAGACUGUGGAGGAGAUUCAGUUCGGCUUGAUGUCCCCCGAGGAGAUCAAGAAUAUGAGUGUUGCGCACAUUCUGUACCCAGAGACCAUGGAGGAGAACAAGGUCAAGCCGCGUGAUGGCGGUCUUAAUGACCCUCUUCUUGGUUCGAUCGAUCGUCAGUUCAAGUGCAAGACCUGCACUCAGGCGAUGGGUGAAUGUCCCGGCCACUUUGGACACAUCGAGCUCGCCAAACCUGUGUACCACCCAGGUUUCAUCAAGAAAGUCAAGAAGAUUUUGGAGAUUGUCUGCCACAACUGUAGUAAAGUUUUGGCUGAUGAAAGCGAUCCCGAGUUUGUCGCCGCUAUUCGGACACGCGACCCCAAAGUUCGCUUCCAGCGAGUUUGGACGGUGUGCAAGAAGAAGCGAAGGUGCGAGAACGAGGAGCGCCAGAACAAGGACGAGGAGUUUGCACCGGGGAUGAAACCCAAGGUAGAAAGCCACGGCGGCUGUGGCAACGUCCAACCCCAGGUCCGCCAGGCAGCACUUCAGCUGAAGGCUGCCUUCGAGGUCGCCACGGAAGACGGGCCCAAGAAGAAGGAGACACAGCCGAUUACACCUGAGCUUGCUCACAAUAUCCUCCGUCGCAUUUGCGAACAGGAUCUUCGCAACAUGGGUCUUAACUCCGACUAUGCCCGCCCAGAGUGGAUGAUCCUGACAGUCCUCCCAGUCCCUCCUCCUCCCGUCCGUCCUAGUAUCUCCAUGGACGGCACGGGUACUGGCAUGCGAAAUGAGGAUGAUCUGACAUACAAGCUUGGUGAUAUUAUUCGAGCCAACGGCAACGUCAAGCAGGCUAUCCGUGAAGGUUCACCUGCACACAUUGCCAGGGACUUCGAGGAGCUGCUUCAGUACCAUGUAGCUACCUACAUGGAUAAUGAUAUUGCUGGUCAGCCUCGGGCUCUGCAGAAGAGUGGACGUCCUGUGAAGGCUAUUCGCGCCCGUCUAAAAGGAAAGGAGGGCCGUCUUAGAGGUAACUUGAUGGGUAAGCGUGUCGAUUUUUCAGCACGUACUGUCAUCACUGGUGAUGCCAACCUGUCACUGCAUGAAGUUGGUGUUCCUCGCAGCAUUGCUCGAACUCUGACAUACCCCGAGACCGUCACCCCAUAUAACAUCAGCAAGUUGCACCAGCUUGUCGAGAACGGACCUACUGAGCACCCUGGUGCCAAGUACGUUAUUAGAUCAGAUGGAACACGCAUUGACUUGAGACACCACCGCCGUGCCGGUCAGAUCUCUUUGGAAUACGGUUGGAAGGUUGAACGUCAUCUGAUGGACGGCGACUACAUCAUCUUCAAUCGUCAGCCCUCGCUGCACAAGGAGUCAAUGAUGGGUCAUCAAGUCCGUGUUAUGCCAUACUCUACAUUCCGUCUGAACCUCUCUGUGACAUCGCCUUACAACGCCGAUUUCGAUGGUGACGAGAUGAAUCUUCACGUCCCCCAGAGCGAGGAAACCCGAGCUGAGGUCAGGGAGCUUUGUCUAGUCCCCCUGAACAUCGUGUCACCACAGAAGAAUUCACCGUUGAUGGGUAUCGUGCAGGACUCAUUGGCUGGUGCUUACAAGCUCUGUCGCCGUGAUGUCUUCCUCACCAAAGAGGAAGUGAUGAAUCUGAUGCUCUGGGUCCCUGGCUGGGAUGGUGUCAUUCCUCAACCCGCUAUCUUCAAGCCUCGCCCCCGGUGGACUGGAAAACAGAUGAUGAGUCUCGUUAUCCCCCCCGAGGUGAAUAUCAAUGCCGGCUCUGAUAGCUACGCUUCACUGUUGAAAGAUGACAGUGUGCUGAUCCAGGGAGGUGAGCUCAUGUAUGGGCUGAUGAAGAAGAAGUUCGUUGGAGCUCAGUCUGGCGGUAUUAUUCACAUCUGUUACAACGAGCUGGGCCCUAGGGCGGCCAUGGCGUUCUUGAACGGUGUCCAGCAGGUCGUGACAUAUUGGCUCUUACACAAUGGUCACAGUAUCGGUAUUGGAGACACAAUUCCGGAUAAGGCGACUAUCGAGAAGAUUCAGAUGGACAUCAAUCGCGAAAAGAAGUUGGUCGACGAGAUCACCGAGAAGGCUACGAACAAUACGCUUGAAGCUGAGCCCGGUAUGAGCGUCCGUGCCACCUUCGAACAUCAUGUUGGUGUUGCUCUCAACAGAGCUCGUGAUCGGGCUGGUACGACCACCCAAAACAGUCUUAAGGACUCCAACAAUGCGGUUACCAUGGCCAGUUCUGGUUCAAAGGGAUCAUCCAUCAACAUCUCUCAAAUGUCCGCCUUGGUGGGACAGCAGAUGGUGGAGGGUAAGCGUAUUCCCUUCGGUUUUAACUACCGCACAUUGCCGCACUUCACCAAGGAUGAUUAUUCUCCUGAAGCUCGUGGAUUUGUUGAAAACUCAUACCUUCGUGGUCUGACCCCAUCUGAAUUCUUCUUCCACGCCAUGGCUGGUAGAGAAGGUCUUAUUGAUACUGCAGUCAAGACUGCUGAGACUGGUUAUAUUCAACGUCGUCUCGUCAAGGCUCUUGAAGAUCUGAGCGCCCGCUAUGACGGAACUGUUCGUAACUCGCUAGGUGAUAUCGUUCAGUUCCUGUACGGCGAAGAUGGUCUCGAUGCCAUGAUCAUCGAAGCACAGAAGAUGACAACCCUCAACCCUUCAGAUCCCAAGAUCGCGGAAAAGUACCGCCUUGAUCUUGCAAAUCCACCUGCAUGGUUCCGAAAGGAAUACGAGUAUGGUAAUGAGUUAACAGGAGACAAGGAAUCCAUGGAUCUUCUGGAUGCUGAGUGGGAGGCUAUACUCGAGGACCGUCGGCUUGUCCGAAUCAUCAACCGGCAUAAGAAGGAUGAAGAUAUGAUGCAGCUUCCUCUGAACAUCAACCGCAUUAUUGAGUCUGCUAAACGUGUUUUCAACGUCAAGGCUACUGAUCGAAGCAAUCUGCGCCCUGUGGAAACAAUCACUGCGGUACAGAACCUGUUGAACAAGAUUGUCAUCGUUCGAGGCGAAGAUCCAAUUUCCAAGGAAGCUGACUCGAACGCGACAAUUCUCUUCAAGGCUCUCAUCCGAUCGCGCCUCGCGUUCAAGGAAUUGAUCAAGACUCACCGGCUGAACAAGCUUGCCUUUGAUCAUAUCAUUGGCGAGCUCCAAAGCAGAUGGGAUCGCGCGUUUGUUUCACCCGGUGAGAUGGUUGGUGUCCUCGCUGCCCAGUCCAUUGGAGAGCCUGCCACUCAGAUGACGCUGAACACCUUCCAUUUUGCUGGUGUGUCUUCCAAGAAUGUUACGCUGGGUGUACCUCGUCUCAAGGAGAUUCUGAAUCUCGCUAGCAACAUCAAGACCCCUGCCAUGCAGGUCUACCUCGAUAGGCCACUGGCCACCAAGGAGCAAGCCCAAGACUUGAGAAGUAAGGUCGAGUACGCGAAUCUGCGCUCAGUCGUCGCAUACACUGAGAUUCACUAUGAUCCUAAUCUGCACGAGACCACAAUCGACGAGGAUUAUGAUCUGGUCGAAGCUUACUGGAUGAUUCCCGAUGAGAGUCACGCUACCGCAGACCAGCAAUCGAGAUGGUUGCUUCGUCUGUGCCUGGAUCGACAGAAGAUGCUGGACAAGCGUAUCACGGUUGAAGACAUCGCCCAGCGCAUUAAGGAGGAAUACGAGGGUGAUUUGGCCAUCAUCUUCAGUGACAACAACGCCGACGAGCAGGUCAUCCGCGUGAGACCUAUUCGAAAGGACGAUAACAAGGAUGAAGAUGGCGAGAAGAUGAUUGAGGAAGAUGUGGUUCUCAAGCGCCUAGAAGCCCACUUGCUUGAUACCUUGACUCUUCGCGGUGUGCCGGGUGUUGUGAAGGCUUUCCUUACCAUGAAGACUGUCCUCUCAACUACGCCUGACGGUGCCCAGAUCGCCCUCAAGGAUGAUCCUCGAUGCACUGAGUGGUAUCUCGAUACUGAGGGUACGACACUACGAGAGGUGCUCGCUAUCCCUGGUGUCGACGCUACAAGGACGGCUUGUAACGAUCUUUGGCAGAUUAUUGAUGUGCUCGGCAUUGAAGCAACCCGUUCUCAACUUUUGAGGGAGUUGGUUAACGUCUUGGCCUUCGAUGGUUCGUAUGUCAACCACCGGCAUAUGGCACUGCUGGUUGAUAUUAUGACAUACAGAGGCACUAUCUCAGCUGUCACUCGACACGGUAUCAACAGAGCUGAUACUGGUGCUCUGAUGCGUUGCUCUUUCGAAGAGACUGUAGAAAUUCUUCUGGAGGCAGCUGCUACUGGCGAGCUUGAUGACUGUCGCGGUAUUUCUGAAAACGUCAUGCUGGGUCAGAUGGCACCCAUGGGUACUGGUAACUUUGACACAUUCCUGGACCCCAAGAUGCUUGAGACUGUCAUCUCCGAUAACUCUCGCAUGGGUCUUAUGCCUGGAAUGCCAGUCAAGGAAGGAGAAAUUGAGGGAGCGGCUACGCCCUACGACACGGGAUCCCCCAUGGCAGACUCGGGCUACCACAGCCUUGCCUCGCCGGCGGCUGGAAAUUUCUCGCCCAUCCAGGGAGCUGGAUCUGACGCCAGCUCAGGGUUUGACACUGAAUAUGGUGGUGGUUUCGGCAACGAUUCCAGCGCCCGAAGCCCCUUCAUCGGAGGCCCAACAAGCCCGUUCACCACAUCCCCGACUUCUCCUUUCACCGGAGGCUACAAUGCUGUGUCUCCUGGUUACUCGCCUACCUCGCCUCUUAUCCAGGGCGCUGGCUUUGCCACCUCGCCUUCGUUCAGCCCGUCUUCGCCUUCCUUCUCGCCGUCGUCUCCAGCCAUGCGGCCAACGAGCCCGGGGUACAGUCCGUCGUCACCAAGUUACUCACCCACCUCCCCAAACCAGGUCCACUACUCGCCGACAUCUCCAGCCAACUUAUCCCCGACGUCGCCCAGCUACUCGCCAACGAGUCCUUCGUACAGCCCAACCUCUCCGGCCAUGCAUGCCACAUCGCCAUCAUACUCACCGGCGUCUCCAUCCUUCUCACCCACAUCGCCCAACUAUUCACCCACAAGCCCGAGAUUUUCCACCACUCCUGGCUCACACCAAUCUCCUACUAGCCCGACAUACUCUCCUCAGUCCCCCGCGUUCUCCCCUAACACCCCGGGGCCGGGGACUUCAGGGAACCAAUACUCCCCAAGCUCCCCAAAGAACGACUGA